UAUAUGAGGCCGGGAAAUAAGUAAACGAUCAUUUAUAAACUCAGCUAAAUCACUCGCCAGGGGAUUACCGUAAUUACGUAAUUACAAAAAGUUGUAUCAUGUAAAUCAUGUGAUUUAUCCACAAGGCGCAGUAAAACUUUAGAUACGUAAAACAAGAGAUUAAAAUUAAAUGGUUCAUAUUUUCUCGUUUUGUUUGACUUGAUAAAGUUAAAUGACCAGAAUAAAUUCACAAGCAGGAAGUCGAUCCCGUUCUCGGAGCCGUUCUCGUAGUCCACGCUCGCUUUCAGGAUCGCGUUCUAGAAGUCGUUCUUAUUCUUCUUAUUCCUCAAGAAGCCGGUCACGAUCCUACUCUAGAAGUCGAUCGCGAUCUUUAUCGUACUCACGUAGUCGUUCCCGUUCACCUUAUUCACGCAGACGGCGUUCUUUAUCUCCACUUCCUACGAAGAUUAUGGUCAAUAAGUUGACAAAAAAUGUUACGGAUGCACAUUUACAAGAAAUAUUUGGUGCAUUUGGACGAAUUCAUCGUGUGGAAAUGGCUCUUGAUGAUAAAUGGCAAACGAACAAAGGAAUAGCUUAUAUUGAUUAUGAAACUAGGGCUGAAGCAGAAAGAGCUAUUAGUUAUAUGGAUGGAGGUCAACUGGACGGCUCAUUAUUGUCUUGUACAUUCGUGCCUCGUCGGCCGCUUUCUCCAUUACCACCUAGACGCAGAGAUCUCAUUUCUAGAAAUAUUUCUAAUUUUCUUAGGUGGAAGAUUUAAUUCAUCACCUCCACGCCGUUUUAUGGCGAGUAGUUAUCGCGCUCGGGGCAGAUCUCCAUUGCGUCGCUAUUCAAGAUCCAGAUCAAGAACACCAAUUCGUCGAAGGCGUUCAUAUUCAUACAGU